AUGCCAGGUCUGCUGAACCAGGUCACAGGGGCCGCCCUGCCCCUCACCGCGUCCGACGUCACCUCCUUCGUCAGUGGUUAUGCCCUCGGUCUCACGGCCUCCCUGACCUACGGCAACCUAGAAGUCCAGCCCUUCCAGGGCCUCUUUGUGUACCCCCUGGAUGAAUACACAACGGUGAUCGGCUUUGAGGCGGUCAUUGCCAACCGUGUCGUGACGGUGCAGAUCAAGGACAAAGCCAAGUUGGAGAGUGGUCACUCCGACGCUGGCCGCACUCGAGCCACCACAGUCACAGGAAAGCUUUUGCCAGAGGGGGCCGCCGCCGCUCACUCCUGCACCCCAGGAAAGGUGGCUUUGGAUGAGGACUUGGAGCGGAUCCUGUUCGUGGUCAACUUGGGGACCAUCGCCCCCAUGGAGAACGUCACUGUCUUUGUCAGCACCUCCUCGGAGCUGCCCACACUGCCCAGCGGGGCGGUGCGGGUCCUGCUCCCUGCUGUCUGUGCCCCAAUUGUGCCCCACUUCCUUAGCAAACACGAAGGCUCCUCCAGUCAACAGACCCCAAGCAAAGACAAGCACUGCUUUGGCACCCGGGCCCUGGACUCCUGGAACAAGUUGUGCCUGGCGACCUUCCUGGACACGGAUGUGUCCAACCCCAUGGAAUACGAGUUCAACUUCCAGCUGGAAAUCCGUGGGCCUUGCCUGCUGGCAGGGGUGGAGAGUCCCACUCACGAGAUCCGCGCCGACGCCUCCCCCUCCGCGCCCUCGGCCAAGAGCAUCAUCAUCACGUUGGCCAACAAGCACACCUUCGACCGGCCCGUGGAGAUCCUCAUCCACCCCAGCGAGCCCCACAUGCCACACGUCCUGCUGGAGAAAGGGGACAUGACCUUGGGAGAGUUUGAAGAACACUUGAAGGGAAGAACAGAUUUCAUUAAAGGGAUGAGGAAGGACAGCGGUGCGGAGCGAAAGAUAGAAAUCAUCCGGAAGCGUCUCCACAAGGACAUCCCCCACCACUCGGUCAUCAUGCUCAACUUCUGUCCCGACCUCCAGUCGGUCCAGCCCAACCUGAGAAAGACCCAGGGGGAGUUCAUCUUCCUCAUCGACAGGAGCAGCAGCAUGAACGGGACCAACAUCCAUCAUGUCAAGGAUGCCAUGCUGGUAGCUCUCAAGAGCCUCAUGCCGGUGUGUCUCUUCAACGUCAUCGGGUUUGGAUCCACAUUCAAGGCCCUCUUCCCUUCCAGUCAGACCUACACUGAGGAGAGCUUGGCGCUGGCCUGUGACACCAUCCAGAGGAUGCGUGCUGACAUGGGCGGCACCAACAUCCUCUCCCCGCUCAAGUGGGUCAUCCGCCAGCCGGUGCACCCGGGCCACCCGCGGCUUCUGUUCCUCAUCACCGACGGCGCCGUCAGCAACACAGGGAAGGUGCUGGAGCUCGUGCGGAACCACGCCUUCUCCACCAGGUGCUAUAGCUUUGGAAUUGGAUCCAGUGUCUGCCACAGACUGGUGAAAGGGCUGGCAGCUGUGUCCAAGGGCAGCGCUGAGUUCCUGAUGGAAGGGGAGCGGCUGCAACCCAAGAUGGUAAAGUCCCUAAAGAAGGCCAUGGCGCCAGUCCUGAGUGACGUGACUGUGGAGUGGGUGUUCCCGGAGACCACGGAGGUCCUGAUCUCGCCUGUGAGCUCCAGCUCCCUCUUCCCUGGAGAACGCCUGGUGGGGUACGGCAUUGUGUGUGACGCCUCCUUAUACAUCUCCAAGCCCAGAUCUGACAAGAAGCCACGAUACCACACGCUGCACUCCCAGGAGUCCAGCAGCUCGGUGUUCUACCACUCACAGGACGAGGGCCCCAGCCCAGACAGCGGAGACUGCGCUGGAGAAGGGCGCUCAGGAGCCCCCGUAGGCCUGAAGCAAGCCAGAGGUGCCAGGCCGGCCAGCGGAGACGCCACCUGCAACAGCGGUCCAGAACUGUCCCAGCGACGGCGGGCCUAUAGCACCAACCAGAUCACCAACCACAAGCCCUCCCCAAGGCCCCCCACAACCAGUGACCCCACCAUGGCUGCCAGGAGAUACCCACUAAGAAAAGCCAAGCUGCAGGACCUCACCAGCCAGACCGGCCCUGAUGCCCCUCAGUGGCAGAUCGAUUUGCAGCCUUUGCUGAGCAGUGGCCACAACCUGAGCCAGGGCCCCAAGCUCCGAGGCCCGGGGGCUCGCAGGCCCUCUCUGCUGCCCCAAGGCUGCCAGCCCAUCCUGCCCUCAAGCCAGGACACCCAGGCCUGGAACACCAUGAAGGCGCAGACUCUCGGGUCCCACACGAAGCCUGCCUCAGACAGCCACAGCCCCGGGGACCCAGAGCCGCCCCAUCACCCCUUCUCCUUCGAGACGCCCAGCUCAGACUGGGACCCCCCAGCAGAGCGCGAGCCGCAGGGCAGCCCCAGCCGGCCCUCCACCCCCAGCCCAGUGCUGGGCAAGGCCGUGGUCACGGGCCUGCGGGACAGUCAGCGUCUGCAGUGGGAGGUGAGCUUCGAGCUGGAGCCCCCUGGCCCCGAGCCCGCCGGCGAGCGCCCCUUGGACCUAUGGAGCGAGACCUUCCACCACCUGGCGGCCCGCGCCAUCAUCCGCGACUUCGAGCAGCUGGCGGAGCGCCAGGGCGAGAUCGAGCAAGGCUCCAGCCGCCGCUACCAGGUGAGCGCUCUGCACACCAGCAAGGCCUGCAACGUCAUCAGCAAGUACACAGCCUUUGUGCCUGUGGAUGUGAGCAAGCGCACAUACCUGCCCACCGUGGUGGGGUUCCCCAACUCUGGCACGACAUUGCGGACGGUGAGCUCUCAUGGCCUGGCCCGAAGGUGGAGGAGCAGCUGUGCUGGCUCUGGACGGUCACAGACCACGCUCGGGGAGGACUCGGCAGCAGGGGACGACAAAUAUGUGGAGCAGAGCCCCAGCGAGGCCUUGUCCCUCGGCCGCGAGAAGUACGCGGCCUCCGAAGGUCCCCUCCGCAGCCUGGCCACCAACACCCUUUCCUCGCUAAAGGCCGCAGACACUCUCUUCGGAUCCAGGCUGAACAUCAACACAUCCAGGCUGCUGACGCGAGCCGCCAAGGGCUUCCUGGGCAAGCCACCGGCCAAGGUCCCAGAGUCCACCCAGGGGAGCCAGAGCUUCGACUACAUCCCGCUGGUGUGUCUGCAGCUGGCCUCUGGGGCCUUCCAGCUCAACCAAGCCUUCUGCGAGGCCAUCCAGAUCCCCAUGGAGAAGCUCAAGUGGACCUCGCCCUUCGCCUGCCACCGAGUGCCCCUCACCACCCGCCAGAGCGAGCCCAAGACCACGAGCCCGCAGGUGUACAGCAGCCACUCGCCUUGGCACCCCUUCUACGACAGCUGCUCCCCAGAGCCCCUGGCUGAGGGCAGGCCGGACUGGGGGGCCAGGGCCGCCGCAGAGCACACCGGGAAGCUAUGGGCCACCGUGGUGGCCCUGGCCUGGCUGGAGCACAGCUCAGCCCCCUACUUCACCGAGUGGGAGCUGGUGGCCGCCAAGGCCAACUCGUGGCUGGAGCAGCAGGAGGUGCCCGAGGGCCGCACGCGGGCCACACUCAAGGCGUCGGCCCGCCAGCUGUUUGUGCUCCUGCGGCACUGGGAUGAGACCCUGGAGUUCAAUAUGCUCUGCUACAACCCGAAUUAUAUGUAG